GAUGGGCCACAGUCAACGCUGCAGUCGGGCUCCUGAGGGGCUGGAAGUGGCAGAGCUCUGAGGGCCGCUGGGUGCUACAGUGCUUUGCUGGGGGGCUACCCAGCUCAGCUAACUCUUGUUUCAUUGACACAGUGACCAGGAGUCAAACUGUGGAAUGUGCACAUGAUGACGGACAAUAAGGAGUUAGAAGCUGAAAUCCACCCCUUGAAGAAUGAGGACAGGAAAUCGCAGGAGAGCCUGGGGAACCUCACCACAAAGGAGGACCCCUGUAAAAGCCUGCCUCCGCAGUCCCGGCUGUCCCGGUGCCGAACAGUGGUGUUUUUUCUCUCCUUGUUUAUCUGCCUUUUUGUGGUCUUUGUCGUCUCAUUCAUCAUCCCGUGUCCAGACCGGCCUGCGUCACAGCAAAUGUGGAGGAUCGAUUACAACACAGCAGUCGCCUAUGACUUUCUGGCUACGGAAGACAUAAACAAGGACAGGAUCCAAGACGUGCUCUUUCUUUAUAAAAACGCCAACAGCAGUAACCAUUUCAACCGAUCCUGCGCCGAUGAAGGCUUCUCCUCUCCCUGCGCUUUUGCGGCUGCUUUGUCGGGGGCCAAUGGCAGCCUACUCUGGGAGAGGCCCGUGGCACAGGACGUGACCUUCGUGCAGUGCACUGGUCCCCAGCAGAAGAGCAGUGAGGCGUUGUCUGCCUGCAUCCUCGUGGGCGGACCCGGAUCUGUCAUUGCGGUGGACCCCUUCACAGGGGAAACCUUGUGGAGCCAUCCCAGCAGCCCCGGAAGGAACAUGUCCAUCCUGAGUCUCCUGCUCGGGGUGCCCGACGUCAACAAUGAUGGGCUCCCCGACCUGCUGGUCCUCACCAGGGAGGAGAAGGAGGUGAAUGGCUACAUCUACUCGGGCAGCACUGGGAGCCAGGUCGGCCGCAAAAGCAGCCUCGGCGCAGACGGGGAGGGCAGCUCACUACUGCAUGUCACCAGGACGGGCGCCCACUACCUCCUCUUUCCCUGCGCGCACUCCCUCUGCGGCUGGUCCAUGAAGAGUCUGUUUGAGGAGAUGACAGGGAGACAGAGCCUCCUCAGGAAGGACCCGCUGUGGGAGCACGCCAUCAACGCCACCACCCACAGGGUGUCGUCACCCAGCCCCGGAGCCAUCCGCUACCAGAUGCACGUCCCCGGGAGGGCCGGCGAGGACCUGCUUCUUGUGGGCUCUGAGGCCUGCGUGCUGCUGGACGGGCAGGACCUGGCACCCAAGUGGACCCUUGGCAACGCCCAGGUCUUCAGAAAACCCGUCCUCGGUCACUACAAACCAGACACCUUGUCAGUGGUCAUUGAAAAUGGAACCAGCAUCGACAGACAGAUCCUGCUCCUGGACCUUGGCACCGGGGUCAUCCUAUGGCGUCAGCCCCUCUCAGGCCUCCCCGGGAGCCCCCUGUCUGCCAACCUGCCAACCGCAGACCACCGCUCCGCCUUCUUCUUCUGGGGCCUCCCUGAGGGGAUCAGCACGAAUCAGACGGAGACCAGGGAUGCCCCCAACAGCCUCUACAUGUUCCACCCCACCCUGCCCAGUGUCCUCCUGGAGCUGGCCAACGUCUCCGCCAACAUCGUUGCCUUUGAGGCUGUCCUGUUCGAGCCAAGCCGCCACGCUGCCUACAUCCUGCUGACGGGCCCGGAGAGCCCAGCCGAGCCUGGCCUGGUCUCAGUGACCAAGCACAAGGUGCGGGACCGCAUCCCAGACAGCAGAGUCGUGCGCCUGGGCCAGGACCGGGCCGAGAGCGACCAGGCCGUUAGGGACCGCUUCUCCCGGCUGCGGUACCGGAGCGAGGUGUGA